UCAAGAUAAAAUCCCACAUGAUAGCUCAAAUACUCUAUACCUUUUUUUAAUUUUUUAUUUAAUACACUAAGCGGGACCCUACUCUAAUCACCCCUCGAUAUAUAUACCUAAAUGUUGGUCUUACAUGGAAUUCUCAUCAAAACAAACCUUGAUCAUUACUCACAAACAACUUAACAUGUCAAGACUGUCCACUGAGCUCUUUGAGAAUGAAAUGAAGCAUUUUAUUUCAAGAAAACUUCUACUUGACACGUACUCAUACCAACGACCAGCGGCUGCUGUGAGAGCUCCAUCACCGUCAAGCCCACAUACAGAACAUAACAACUUUCAUGCGAAUGUGGUGAUGGUGCUGUCAGUGCUGCUAUGCGCUCUGAUUUGUUCACUUGCGUUGAACUCCAUUAUCAGGUGCGUAUUAAGAUGCACAGGCUUAUUUAGAUCAGAAAGCAGCGGUGGCCAGGAAAGUAUUUUAGUUAAAGCCAACACUGGAAUCAAGAAGAAAGCAUUAAAGAGUUUCCCAACAGUGAGCUAUUGGGAAGGACUGAAGCUACCAGGAUUGGACAAAGAAUGUGUGAUAUGCUUGGGUGAUUUUUCAACAGGAGAGCUAGUAAAAAUACUGCCCAAGUGUAACCAUGGAUUUCAUGUGCGUUGCAUCGAUAAAUGGCUGAGUUCACAUUCAUCUUGUCCAACUUGCAGGCACUCCUUAACUGAAACAUGUCAAAAGAUAGUCACAGGUGGGAACUGUAGCAUCAUUAUAUCUUCGCAACCCCAAGAGGAAGGUCCAAGAAAUAUUACUAGUCUGACCAUAUUGCCUCUACCACAUGAAGGUCUUGUAACAAAUUAUGAGACUUAACUAGCUUCUUCAUAAAAUGAACAAAUCAAAUGUAAUUACUGUAAUACUCAUACGUAGAUUGGUAGGAAUUGUCCAUUGUGUAAUUUAAAGUAUUAUUGACACCAAAAGUUCUUUCCCUAGAAUAAAUUACAUGUGAUGUUGCAACUUUGCAAUUGUUUUACAAAU